AUGUCGAAUACAGAAGAAUUUGUAAACACGCAGCCGCGAAUCAAAACACGUAAGUCCACUAAGUCAGACAUGUUGCCGAUGACAAUUACAUUAGCGCCGAUCGACUUAAAGUCGAAUAACUUGCCUUUAGCUUGGAAGAAGUGGCUUACUAAACUAAAAGUCUACCUAAGAGCCAACAAUUUAGAAAACGAAACAGACAGUAGAAAGGAAGAGUCUCAAGAUUCCCAUCCCGUCGUGAAGCAGCAAUACCAAGGAGCACAACAAGGUACCAACGUUCAGCAUCAAACACAUCAAGUUCAAGGAACACAUGUGAUAGGUGUGGAGAAGUGCACAGGUACAAGUGUCCUGCAAAAGGUGUUCAGUGUCGAAAAUGUAAAAAAUUCAACCAUUUUGCUCAUUUCUAUAAACUGUCAAGACAUAGUUAAGUCAAAUGCAGACUCAUUUGAAGGGCUAGGUUGUCUUGCAGAUUUUUACUGUGAGUUAACCUUGAAACCCAAUGCAACCCCGUUUAUAGAGGCGUGCAGAAGGAUACCACUCCAACUACAACAACCACUAAAGCAAGAGCUGGAAGCCAUGGAGCAAAGUGGAGUUAUUCAAAGAGUCGAAGAGCCUACGGAAUGGGAAAUUAGUCAUUUAAGAACUCUUUUGUCGAAAGAUACUGGUAUGGUGUUGGUCAGAUCACCA